CCCUCCCUCUUUGUCUCCUCCCCGCAGGCUGAGCCUUCCGCACCAGCGGUCUGUCUCCCCAGGACAUCAGCUGCGCCGUGUCUCCCCGCCAGCUGUGCUGUGCAGUCUGCCCGACCGCGUCGAGCAGCGACUCCCUCCGUCGCCCGGACCCGCCCUGGCCGGGUCCACGUCCCUGCACGUCCUAAGAGUAUCCAAGCUCUAAUACACCAUGGCCCUCCCAUCGCGCCCCAACGCCCGUGUGGGUCUCCCCACAAACCCGCGAUCCCGCUCGCUCGCCAGGCGACCGAGCGCCAGCGUAGACAUUCGCUUCUCCAGAGAGGACAUGGCACGACAGUAUGUUCCCUCGCGCCCCGCUCCGACCCCUCCUCCAGUCCCGCAGAUGCGACCAGCCCGCUCGAUGACGGACUUACGCGCUGGCGCUCCGCGAUCCCGCUCGCUCGAUCGCGGCCGUGUGGCUCGCCCUGUUGAGACCCCACCGCCCCUCCCCAUCGCACCGAGUGCACGGCAAGCGCGUGAGGCCGAGGAGCCACAUAAGAGUACAGAGGGAUCCUUCGCAUCUCUCAAGCGGUAUGUCACCCAGCGAAAGCGCACAGACGGGUCUAUUACAUCCUGGGGGUCAUCCUCCUCCGAAUCCUCGACGUCCGGGAACUCUCUGCGUUCCUAUACAUCUUUUGCCUCGUCUCAGACGAGCUUGGCAGAUGACGACAUGAAGAAUACCAGCCCGACAGGCCAGCCCACUGCUUCCGGCUCGGCCCCGGGCAGUCCUGAGAGCCCUCCAAGCUCGCUUGGCUCUUCCCUCUGGACUCGGGUGGCAACCGCUGCGGAGCACUUGAAGGUGAACGUAAGCAAAGCUAUAUCGAUUCCUGUGACCACGGAGAACGGUGAAAACACUCCUGAUGGACAGGAAUCCAGUCUCGCCAAAGCCAUGAAGGCAUACCAUGUCGAUAAGGCCAACGGCGAUGCCAAAGAACUUCCCGACUGGCUCUUCGAGGGACGCGACCGCGAGAUCAUCAACAGGCUGCGUGGGCCCUCCCUCGAUCAACAACAGCCCGCAGCGGCAUCCGCCACCCGCGCGAACGUUGUAUCACCCGUCCCGCGCUCGAUUACUGCGUCGCCCGCGCCCGAACGCGGGCGCAGCCGGGCCCCAGGCACGGGCAUACGCGAAGGCUCCAUCCCCCGCCGCGACGACAGCGCGACCCGCGCCCUCCGCGAGUCCGUCGCGUCCAUCCACGCCACUGUCCCCUCGCGUGACAACAUGAAUCGCCUCAAGGACUUGCGCCUCGCGAAACGCAACGCGCGCGUGCGCUUCGAAGGGCAGGACGAAGAAGAGGUACCUGAGCCCGUGCCUUCGCGCGCCCCGUCGCGUGCCGGGAUGGCACGGCAUGUUGCCCCGCCCAGCGCGUUCAAGGACAUGCCCAUGCCCGAGGUCGCCCCGCUCCGCAUUCGACCUAAGGAACGCAGUCAGGAGAGACAGACCCCGGCGGCGCCUGUUGCGCCGCCGGGGGGAUCCUCCCUCCAGAGGCGGCCGACUGGCUUGCCAACGCGUGCACCGAGCCGUGAGGGGCGGCGUUCGUCGGACGAGCCUACCCAGGGUGCCCCGACGCCCCUGGUGAGACGGACGACAGGUCUGCCUGUGCGCGCACCGAAUCGCGAGGAACGGCGCUAUCCUGAAGAGUCGUUCCAGAGUAACGCGGCGCCUUUGGCGAGACGGCCUACGGGCCUGCCAGCGCGCGCACCGAGCCGUGAGGGCCGCCGCAUUGGCCUGCCCGGGAGUGUUAGGCCGCAGAGGAUCUGAGGUAUUGUCGAUCAUGCCUGUCUCAUACCCAGGCGAACAGUCGUGCUGGACAUGCUUUCUGCCUCCUACUUGUUUUUACACCAUCUACACAGCUCAUUGUCAUUCUAGAUUCCGUGUGUCAAUAGGUUUGCGCCAGCGGGGGUCUGUUAUUCCUAUGUAUGAGUUGUUAAUCGUGCAUGCUUUGUCCCCUCUGCGGUCGUUUUGCUUUCUCUGUAAACUUGGGGUAACCGUUGCUCAUGAUACAGCUUGGUGUACGGAUAGAGAGCUGUCCUCUACACUUCACGAGUGCUCCGUUACGAAACGUCUAUGAUGCCAAUUUGUUUGCAAUCGACAUCGUACACAAUGUUC